AUGAUUGGUCACGUGAACCUACCGUGCGGAUUGGAAUUCUCUGACUCCAACCUCUCCGUGUUCCCUGCCGCUCCGUCACGACAUAGCUAUAACCCUUCUGAGGAAAGGUAUUCACCCCAAGAAGGACCAUCGUCAACAAAAAGCUGUCGCACCACCUUCGCCUUCAUAUUUCCGCCCCUCGAUUCCCUGAUUUCGUCGCGUCCGCCGUUCCCCCGGAUCCCUCACCCACUGAUUCCAUUUCCCCACCUACCCUUCACAACCGCCAAGCUGGACUCCUCCGUCAUCAUGUCGAAUGCGCCUCCGCCUGCGCUCUUACCACCGCCCGAGGGCAUCUUCCGGACCUUCGAAGACCUUCUGACCUCGGUCCAGCGCGUCGCGAAGGAUCAGGGAUACGGAGUCGUCAAGCUUCGCGCCUCCAAUUACCGCGACGGCAAACCCACCCGCUACGACUUGGUAUGCGACCGCGGCGGCGUCAAGUACAGCAGCACCGCGAAGAAGCGUAACCCCUCGACGCGCAAGGUUGACUGCCCAUGGCGUGCAAAGGCCGUCUGCGAGGUCCAGCUCGGAAAUCAGUGGCGCUUUGCUGUUCAGGAGGGUAGUCACAACCACGAGCCUCGCAUCGCGACCGCCCCUCCCGGGCAGGAAAACACCCCCCUAGCUCAGUCGAUCCGCUCCUUCACCAAUAAGAUUGAUCGCCUCAACCACGACAUGAAUCAAGGCUUUGUUCGAAUCGAACAAGUUCUCGACACGAUGAACAAGCGUCUGGAGAAUCUCGAGAAUCGUGCGGGAGGCUACGAGCCUCGUUUCCAGAACAUGGAAUCGCGGUUACAAGGCGUGGAGGCCCGUGGAAGCAUGGAGCUGCCCAUGGAUGAUGUCGACGCUCGACUACUGUCAUCUUCGGUCAUGUAG